AUGGAUGGAUCCUACAGUAAGGAGGAGGAGGAGAGGGAGGAUCUAGAGGACAAGAGGAGGUUGUACAAGGUGGGCAGGAUGUUCAGAUCAGAUUUCAUGUACGAGUUUGAGAUUCAAAACCAAAUAAGGAGUAGGAGUAGGAGACGAGAUUAUGACUACGAGAUUCAAAACCAAUCAAGGAGUAGGAGGAGUAGGAGUAGGAGAGGAGAUUAUGACUACAAGAUUCAAAACCAAUCAAGGAGUAGGAGAGGAGAUUACGAAUACGAGAUUCAAAACCAAUCAAGGAGAAGGAGUAGGAGAGGAGAUUACGACUACGAGAUUCAAAACCAAUCAAGGAGUAGGAGAAGGAGUAGAGAGGAGAUUAUGACUAUGAGAUUCAAAACCAAGUAA